AUGGGGACCAAUGCGGCUCUGAGGACCAUAAUGACUACUCUUGAUAAUAUUUCCAGAAAGUUUGACAGCUAUGAUGGUAAAUUUGAGAUGUAUAACUCAUGGUUUACUGCCUACGAUUUCCACUUCAGAGAGUUAGACCGAAACAUUUCAAAUAUGGAGAUGGGCAUUGAGCAGCUUGCUAAGGCCAAUGCCAAAGGUUUGGGGGUUAAACUGAAUUCAGAGGACGAAGUUGCUAAGGCCAAUGAGGUGAAAAGGAAUUUGGUUGAGGAGUUUGGUAAUAAUGAUCUUGAUUUCGUUGAUGUUUCUCCUGCUAAAGAUCUAGCAUAUGGACGCGGCUGCAGGGAUAAGCCAAAACAGAAAUAUGAUGAGCAAAAAGAGGAGUUAAAGAAGCAAAAGGCGUCUGAGUUAAAGAAGCAAGAGACUAAGUUAAAGAAGCAAAAGGAGGUUGAGUUAAAGAAGCAAAAAGAGGAGUUAAAGAAACAAAAGGAGGAGUUAAAGAAGCAGGCCCCUCCUCCAAGAAGAACAUCGAAGACUCGUGCAUGUGUAAUAAGAAUACAUAUUCAGCCACAACCAAAGCAGAUUGAAGAUGUCAUUGAGCUUGCAGAUGUGACCGACGAUAUUGUCGCGACACAAAAUGAGCUGUUGCCGGAGUCUGAUGAGGAGGAAGAGGAAAAGAUUAGGUCUACAAGAAUAAAGGAUUAUCGGGAGAGAGGUGUUCAAUUAUCUCCAAAUGAGUGUGUAGUGAUGCAUGCAUAUGCUCCUUUAGCACCAAUUUUCUUUACAUUGUAG